AAAACAGUCAGUUUUGGAAAUCUCGGUUGGUUUGACCGAUUCAGUCCUGCAGCUGGCCCCGGCAGAGCUGCCUGGAGAGCCACCGCAGCCCCAGCCCAGUGUUUCCCCUCGGAAACCCACCAAGGGCUUGCGCUGCCAGCCAAGCGGCUGGUAGCACGAGGUUAGCAUCAGGCAAUAAGAUGCACUUUAAAAUUUGUUAGUAAAACUAAAGGUUGGAGGUAGAGUCUAAACUUCUUCCGGGCAGCCCUCUAUAACAUUUCUUUUCCACAUAAUUCUCCUGAUGGAAGACCAACCGGGGUUCCCUUUCUGCUGUUCGUGCUGAAUGGUUGCUUGGAGAGGUGGUGAAUGAGUGAAGAUAGGCUCAGUGAUGGUUCAAAUGUGGGGAUUGCUCCAAAUGUGGUUGCUGCUGAUGCUGCCCUGGGAAAAUGCCUUGAUAGGGAAUUAACACCAUUCAGUGAUGGGCUGUGGGACAAGCAAAGUGCUUCCCGAGCCCCCCAAAGAUGUGCAGCUAGACCUGGUUAAAAAAGUCGAACCGUACACAGGCCACAGUGACAUAUACAAGCAUUUCAUCAAAGAUGACUGUGGGACUGUCAUCAAAGUUGGCUCUCCCUCACCUCCACACCACGCGAACCCGUACCCGGGGAACCACCUGCCUGCCCAUGUGGACCGACCCGAACCCCGCAAGAACAAAGUGGCUAAAUACCGCGCCAAAUUUGACCCCAGAGUGACAGCCAAGUAUGACAUUAAAGCCCUGAUCGGGAGAGGGAGUUUUAGCCGUGUUGUACGGGUGGAACACAAGGCUACCAAGCAGCCCUAUGCAAUCAAGAUGAUAGAGACCAAAUACCGGGAGGGAAGGGAAGUGUGCGAGUCAGAGCUUAGUGUGCUACGACGGGUUCGGCACACCAAUAUCAUCCAGCUUAUUGAGGUGUUUGAGACCCAGGACCGUGUGUACAUGGUGAUGGAAUUGGCGACCGGAGGAGAACUGUUUGAUCGAAUCAUUGCUAAAGGUUCCUUCACUGAGAGAGAUGCGACACGUGUGCUGCAGAUGGUAUUAGAUGGUGUGAAGUACUUGCAUACGCUGGGUAUCACACACCGGGACUUAAAACCAGAGAAUCUGCUCUAUUACCAUCCAGGAACAGAUUCCAAAAUCAUGAUUACGGACUUUGGACUGGCAAGUGCUCGGAAGAAGGGAGAUGACUGCCUGAUGAAAACCACGUGUGGGACCCCAGAGUACAUUGCUCCCGAGAUCCUGGUCAGGAAGCCGUACACAAACUCUGUGGACAUGUGGGCGCUGGGUGUUAUCUCGUACAUUCUCCUGAGUGGCACUAUGCCCUUUGAAGAUGACAAUCGCACCCGCUUGUAUCGGCAGAUCCUGAAAGGAAAAUACAGUUACUCAGGCGAGCCCUGGCCCAGUGUGUCCAACCUGGCCAAGGAUUUCAUCGAUCGUCUACUCACAGUGGACCCCAGUGACAGGAUGACAGCCCUUCAGGCCCUGAAGCACCCGUGGGUGGUCAGCAUGGCAGCCUCGUCCUCCAUGAAGAACCUGCACCGUUCCAUCUCGCAAAACCUUCUCAAGAGGGCAUCUUCCCGCUGCCAGAGCACCAAGUCUGCACAGUCCACCCGCUCCAGCCGCUCCACCAAAUCCAACAAGUCGCGGCGGGUUCGGGAACGGGAGCUGCGAGAGCUCAACCUGCGCUACCAGCAGCAGUACACUGGCUGAGCACUGGGCUGGGACCUGCUGGGUGUCUUUCCAGAUGUCUUCUCUGCGGCGUAGGUGUGCAGCACCCUUUGCUGCAUGCUCACUCAGUGAGGAACAUCCAGGUUCCUCCCUCCCUCCCUCCCUCCAGGCAUCCCCCCCAUCCAUGAGGAGGUGUCCUGUCCCCCCAUGCGGAGGAAAGGGAAUCUCAUGGUAGCCUUCACACCCUGUGAGCUGUGCCGUGGGGUCUUGCGCAGGAAACGGGGGGGCCCUUGUGGGCUCCGAGCACAGCUCAGAGCCUCAAGUAACACACAAAUUAAGGAGCCACGUGGGGAGAAGAGCUCUUUCUGUAGCCCAGGAGCUUGGCUGUUCAUAGUUAUUUAUUAAUUCCAGAGCGUUAAAUUUCUCUCACUUGUGUAUGAAAAAAAAAAAAAGAAAUCACUUUAUGUGUAUCUACACGCACAUAUGUGUGUGCAAAUACACGUGUGGGUGUGUAUAUGUAUUUCAAAAUUACAUAUACACAAAUUUUGAGCUGGUUUAGUCAGACUCUGUGGUGUCUUUGCAGUGAAGCUGGUAUGAGUCACAUGCCGUUAGAAGUAGGAUAGCUCUGACUCACCGGCGUGCUGCCCACCAGCAAUUUGUGCCGGUACGGCGCCAAGGAGAUGCCAGACAGCAGUUUUCCGUGACGGCUGGGAAGCUGCGAGGUUUUCCCCGAGGGCUGCCAUCCACCUGAUGACGUCAAGGGUUUACUCAAGCUGUGCGAGAGCUGCUGUGCAAAUUGGCAGCUAGGCUGAAGUGCUGUGAGCUUGGAGCUGUUGUCCGGUUCCUUUGAUCCAGAGUGAGUGGGUGCUUCUGAUGGAGGGGUCAUCAUCCUGCAGGAACUUCAUGGUACACAGAGAGAUGUUUUUGGGGGGUUCCUUGCUGUCCCUCUUGAAUUAUCCUUUCGCUAUUUGGAGUGAGACCAGUGCCUACCAUGCAGGGCUUGUUGUUCUUGCUGUGACCUGGCCCUGUCGUGUCUGUGACCUGUUACACGUCUUGUGCCCUUCAGCCUAGCAUUACCGACUGCCAUCACUUCACCAAAACUUCGGUGGGUUCAGGUAUUGUUCUCUGUCUGCAGAUUUUAUGGGGCUCCCCUGCUUUGUGUGCCUGUUCUGCCCUGGUCUUGCUGUCCCUGCUCUGGGACAGUGAAGUGGUUGGUGGGAGCUGUCGGGAUGGUGACAAAUGGCUCUGUAGCCAUCAGGGUAGGGGAUUGGGUGGUGGAGGUCCAGUCCUGGAACAUCAGCAUUGAUAACGCCCUGGAGACGUUGCCCAAACACCUUAGAGCUGUUAGGGGUGACUUAAAUUAAACAGGAUAAAGCUGCCUUUUGGGUUUCCUUGUGCUGGGUGGGUGAUGCAGGGGCCUCUUGGGAAGGACCUCUCAGGGGAGGUGGAGGCUGUAGAGCUGAGCUUUGUGCAAGCCUGCUGAGAGAUCUUCCCAACUAGUUAGAGCAGCAAAGAGGGGCUGAUGGCGCAGUCUCUUGUGGUAGCAGAGACAAGAUCUGCAGCCAAGGAGAAUGCUGGUUUUUGAAAGUCUUCAUAUGAAGCCAGGCGGUUUGCUUCAUGCUGUGCUCUUGGGGAGCGUUUGCUUAGCUCUGGGCUGGAGAGGCAGGCUGUGCCAGCUCAUGGCCUUUCCACCCAGGAUUGAUGUCCAUGCUGCUGUGUUUUAGUGUCAGCAAGGUUUUAAGUGGUUGGUCGCAUCUCCAGGGAGCUCUAACUCAGGCCACAGCCCCUCUUGGUCAGCAAACAGCAAAGCAGCACGGCUUCCAUGGGAGAAGACUGAGUUUUCUGUGCUAAGUUAAAAAAAAAAAAAACAACCAGGAAUUUCUAGGGAUGUGCUUCCCACCCCAAAGCUGGGAUGGGCCAUAACCACUGUGAGCACAGCUCAAUGUGCCCAAGCGUGUGGUGGGGAAUACACCAGAGGAAACCUGAGGGCAGCCAUUGUGCGUAGUGGGGGUGAAUUCUAAAUCCUUUGCAUGGGUUUGCAUGUUAUUUUGAAAACUCUGGAUCAUUUGCAGGCUGCCUUUUCUCUGAGUGGCUGUUCUACCAUAUCACAUGCAGUCUUUCUUCCAUCAGCAUUAACGGAUACCGCAGAAUUACCAGAAAUUUUUUUUUUCAGCUCUGUAGACUGGAAAAAAAAAUGUUUCUUCUGCUUCUGUUACCUUCUCAACCUUCCCUGGUUCGUUACCAUGAACUAGAACCUCGGUGUGAUUUCUGCUAAAAGAGGCAGCUUGCCACGUUCUGCUUCAUAAACAGUUCAUUGCCCCUGCAAACAGCUCUUCAGAAGCAGCAACCACUCUGAGACAAGCAUCAACUGGAAAAUUGUUCUUCCCCUCCCUGUUAAGAGACAGCAGGGUGCUCCUCUUGGGGGGCCUCUGGUUUUGAGCCAUCACUCAUAAGAGUCUUCCAUGUGUUUGGAGCACCACAGCCAGGCACUGUGAUCUCUUCUCCCUCCUGGCUGCUUUCAUGGCCCUCCCCAGAUUAUCUUGCAUGUUUGUCCUCAAAGUAGGUAUUUUGCCGACAUGAGGAGGUCAAACUGAUGAACUGAGCCAAGACCUCUAGAACCUGAGACCCUUUCUUUUAACCACUAGACCAUCAAAACGCACAGAUGCCGUGCAGAUGUCUACCCACACUGUUCGUGCUUUCCCUGCUGGGGGAUAGAUGAAGGUGGAGAGGAGGUCAGGAUGUUGAGCUGUGGUCUGACCCAGCUUGUUUCUCCCCAAGCAGAAUGAAUCUUCUCAUCCGUGAUGAGUUUUGCUUUGUUGCUCUUUUCAUCAGUAGGUUUUUCACCAGGAAAAGCUCAAAGCGAUGUCAUUCGUGGUGAGUUUGGGGUGGAAGAUGCUUUGGGAAGCGAGAUGUUGCUACAUAGAUCUCUGACAGUGUCGGCCUUCUGUGAUGAUACCCUACGACCAGGGAGGUGAAUUGGAAGAAGGGAGGAUCCUUCAUGUACCUGAGUAGUACUGGGUAGCUGAAAUCUGCCUCUUUGGGGUAUGGAGAUGCGGUCCUCGCUAUUAGGGAAUUGCACCUGACCAUUAGGGAGUUGCACCAAAAAGGACCAAGUCCAUCCCAUGAGGGGCUUUGGCUUUUCUAGAAAAAGAAUGCUCCAUUCUCUCUACAAAUGCAAUGUUUUCUUGUUUGCAUGGAAAAAUCAAUGUAAACACGGGGAAAAUCUUUAUGGGCUUUCCUUCUUCCAUCAUUUGAUUGUAACACUCUGGCUCAAUCGCUCUUCUUUUUCUAUACCCAGUAUUUGCAGGAACCCAGAUGACAGCAUGUGUGGGCAGAGGGGAGACUAGCAGAGCUCCGUCCAAGUGCCCCUUGGAGCCCUAGGGGGUCUUUCUGUUUUCACUCUGCCUGGAAAACUGCCAUGGUCCAAAUGCUAUGUUGCAAGAUCCAGCUCCAGAACAAUUCCUUGUGUGCUUUCAUCCUUGGCAACUGUGGCACGUUGUCAGCUGGGUCUGGUGGGGAGGACAGGCAAAGUGCUGUAAUUCUGAGGAGUCGUUCAGGUGCCUUCAGUCUGUCCUCUCAGAAGCUCUUCACUGUGAAUUAUCCUGAUCAUCUGUCUUCGUAUCUAUUCCACAGAAGCGUCUUGGCUCUCAGUUUCUCUCAAGUCUCAGGAGUUUACACUUUACAGGAGUGCCUUGUUCAGGGAUUUUAGAAGCUAAAAUCUCUCUGAAAUGUCUUUUGUUUAAUUUUAAAAUCUCUUUCUUUAUCUCUUAAUGGUGGUUCUUAGUUUGGCUUGCAGGGGUUUUUGGAAGAUUUCCUCUGGUACUGAAUUAGCUGGGAGACUGUGGGUAACAAAUGCAUGUUCCAGGCCAUGGCUGAGUUGCUUUAUAUUAGCAGGGGUGCAGAUCUCUGUAAACCAGUGCUUUUGUUCUCCGUGCUUCUGUUCAUACAGUGAAAAUGAAGCUGGAAUGACACCUAGCGGCAAAUUGUAGUGUGUCCUUGUCCAAAUACACACUACUUGGUUACGCACACACAACUUGGGUACACACAACUACUGGUUACGUUCCCGCUGUUUUGAGGUGAGAUUCUCUUUACAAAGAGGAGUCCAGCUUUGGUGUGCUGAUGGUCCUGGACCACACCUGCAGUCCUAGAUGUUCAAUGGCUUUCUCAGCAUGGCACCACUUUCUCCUGAUCCCAAACCCCAGCAUUUUAGCCCAGACAGGGAUGAGCAUGUGCACCCACUGGAAGGGAUGCUCGAUGCCUGGGAACAGACACGUGUGGUCAACCCACCAGUACCUCAAGGAGAUGCUCACCAGCACCCUGCCUCAGGGUGACAUCUUAGGUGACACCAAGAGAAAGCAAAGCCUGAAGAUGCUGAGGCUGGAAGCAGUAGGUUUCAGACUUUCUCCCAUUGUGAGACACGAUGGAGCAGCUCAGGGUGUUGCUUCCCAGCAUAUUCCAUUUCAGGGAAAAGCAGCUUUAAGGAGUAGAGGGAAUUAGGGUUGUCUUCUGGAACUUAGCAGUACUGUGUAAAACAAUCCCUUCGUUUUGCCCUGGGAGUUUGGCUGCUCUCUUGGGGGAGAGAAUUACGGCUUCAAAGAUUGUGGCCUGUAGAUUCCUUGAUUAUUUCUUUUUUUGGUUUUUUGGAGGGUUAUUGGAAAUUAAUGUGAAAAGGUCUUCCAGAAGCAUCAGGUGGUCUACAGACUGGUGAAGCUUUGCAUCCAGAUUUUUGAGUACGUGAUGUAUUUUUCUAUGCAUUUUGCUAAAAGAGCAGUUAUUUGUGCACGUUUGUUUUAUUCUUACCCUUCUCAAGCUUCUAAAACCCAACAUGUCAACCCAGUGGCCGUGGAAACCUCCCUUCCUUCAAUCCAGAAGAAGUCUGUGCUGUUUAACACCGAGACUGUGAGAGCAUCCGGAUGCUCCUGCCCAUUCCUGGGGCUGCAUUGUUCUUGGAGGCGUACAACCAUAUGCGAGGGACAGCUUUACAGCCUUGUGAUGAGAGUAAGCCCAGGCGAAAGGGCUCUGCCCUGGCUUUGGUAGCUAUGUGGAAACCAGCCGCAGUGUAGGGCCCGCGUUAUGUCUUUGGUUUGGAAAUUAUAAACCCUCAAACUCUUUAACUUCUUUGGAGUUUGGAUAUUUCCUUCUUUUAGCUCAGAUAUUUUCUGCUCUGGUAAUUUACAUUCUCUCUUGUACCCUGCUCCAUUUUUCAAUCCUGCUUUCUACCGAGGUGUUUGGCUGAAGUGCUGAUAUAGUCAACUUUUAUCUAAUGCACAGUGCAAACCAGAAAUGGGAAUCGUCGUUAACUCGGCUACUGGGCAGCAGCUCUGGAUUUGGCUCUGCGGGAGCCAUGGUGAGUCUGGGAGCCAGGUCAAAGCAUCUGUGCGGUGCCUUGCAGGUGGGAGAAGGCUCCCUUUGAGGAUGCUACUGCGCAGGCUUGGCUCACAGUGAUUGUGUACAACACAGGACAGCUCAUGGGUGGCACUUACAGGCCUCUUAUUAGACUGCGUGGGUCCGUAUUCCUAGGUUGAGUGUCGGUACUAAAGUGUCGGGGGGUUGAGGCAGGGUAAAUCAAAAUCUCAGUUGUUUGACUUAAUUUAGUUUUCUAAAUUAUGCAAAGCAGCACAGAGGUUGGCUGAGGGUGGGGAGGGGGUCAGGGAAUCACACCCUCCGGAGGAGCUGCAGACUGUUCUCUGGCUGCAGUGUUAGCCCUGGGCUUUGCAGGGAGGGUGGCUGUGGCCUGGCCUCUCACCAGCCUGGCUUCAUCCUGGAAAAUAUCACCAAGUGCCUGUACCGCUCGGUGCCAGAUACCCAGCCCCAAGUUGCCUACGUCACUCUCGGGAGAUGUUUUUUGGUGCUUUUUUCUGACCACUCAGUCUCCUCUUUCAGACUGGAUUAGAAACACAGCCCUUGGGUGUGGCACAGGUGGGUGCCUGCACAUUCAGCUGGGGCUCACUGAGCAGGAAAUUUGCCAGAAAAAAAAUAAAAUUAAAAAAUGUGAAGCUGCAGGGAUGUGCGGUGGCAACGGUAUCGUGGAGCUUGGUACCUUCCACCCUCGGCGUCCCUGUGGUGGAGGGAUUGCGGGAGGCAACGGGCUGCUGCCUGCCCGAUGACGUGUUGGUUUUUUUCCCCUUCUCCCACUGUCCUCUCCUGCGCAGAGAUGCUGUAGAUCCCUCGGCUGUGCGAGGGGCGAGCUGCUCACUGCUGCUGCAAAUAACGUUGCCCUGUGUGUGUCUGCUGGCUGUGGCGGCAAUCCGCGGCCCCAGCAAAGUGCGUUAAAAACGAGCAGCUCCCCGUGAGCACGCCCAAAUGCCAUGGGUUUUCCUGUUGCCUGUCGCUACGGAAAGACACCUCCCGGGAAACUCUUGGGGAUUGGAGGUCUUCCGGCACUUGCUGUUAUUUUUGGUUGCCAAAUUUCCGGUGCUGGGUUGGAACGGUUUGGAAGUAACUCCGGUCGCAUCCCAUUAAGUCUCCUAACAGGGAUGUUUUGAGAAGCAUCCAGUUCUGUGACUUGCCUUUUGAGUCCUGCCUUUACACUGAGAACUGUCUCCCAGGAUGAGGUCCGAACCCAUUGUAGUC